AUGGACAAAAGCUGGAUGAAUUUGGGUGAUAGACUUGUAUCACCUGCAUAUGCUGAAGGGGUUAAAAAUUUCCUCACAAUAGCACGAAACCAUUGUGAGGGAAGUGACUGCAUUCGGUGUCCCUGCCGUAUAUGCUGUAAUAACCUCUUCUUGCCUAUAUUUGAGGUGGAGACUCACUUGUUCAUAAAAGGGAUCAAUCCAAAUUAUACUCAGUGGAUAUUUCAUGGUGAGGAGGAAACACUCCCCAUCAUUGACGACGACACCCGUCUCGGAGUUGGAGUUGAAGACAAGUACAUUGAUGACAUGGACCGUAUGUUAGAUGACAUUUGGGCUGGCACAUUUGGAGAUGCCCCUGAAGACAACACUACAUCGCCAACUCAGCCAUCAAUACCACAUCCCUCCCCAAACGCAACUUUUGACCAACUAUUAGAGGAUGCUCGACGUCCUCUUUUCGACGGCUGCACUAAAUUCUCAAAGCUCUCAUUCGAUGUGAGGUUGUUACAUAUUAAAACGGUCGGUGGGUGGUCAAUCAAGUCUUUUGAUAUGCUCAUAAGCCUUCUGCGGUCUGCCUUUCCUGAUGCUAAAUUGCCUAGUUCAUAUGAGGAGGCAAGGUCAUUGGAGCGAGGGUUGAAUUUCAAGUACCACAAAAUAAACGCAUGCCCCAACGACUGCAUUUUAUUCUGGAAGGAAUAUGCUAAUCAUAAUGAGUGCCCUAUAUACAAGAUAGCAUGUGAUAUGAGAUGGCAUAAAGAGCAGCGGGUACCCGAUGAGACUAGUAUGAGACAUCCUGCUGACUCUCAGUCCUGGAAGACAUUUGAUGAAGCUCAUUGUUGGUUUGCUAGGGAUGCUCGCAAUGUUAGGCUCGGUCUGGCAAGCGACGGCUUCAAUCCCUUCAACAACCUAGCAAAACCGUAUAGCAUUUGGCUAGUGAUUCUUGUCCCGUAUAAUUUUCCGCCGUGGUUAUGCAGGAAAGACCAGGUCUUCAUGACAUCGCUCAUUAUCCCUGGCCCAAAAUCACCAGGGAAUGACAUUGAUGUGUAUUUGCAACCUUUAAUUGAUGAGUUGCUUGAACUCUGGGAACAUGGGGUACCUACAUAUGAUGCUUCCACAAAGGAAAUGUUCAUGUUGCAUGCUGCCUUAUUAUGGACAAUUAAUGACUUUCCUGCUUAUGGAAAUCUUUCUGGGUGGUGA